CUGCCAUUGUGAACAAAACAACAAAUGGUAUAAAAUAACACAAACGAACGCAACAAAGCUUUUUUCAACUCAUUGGCUUACCAGUAACAAAAUGAAGGCUACACACUCGUAAAUACGUGCAUUUAGAAUCAUCAAUGUCUGCCCGACGAAUUCUUCGAAGCCACAAAGAACGACGUUCCUUGUGUAAAUCUUGCAAUAUUUUGCUUUCAUUGGUUUUCACAGCUGGUAUGCGAUAAAAACUUAAUUCCUUAUCCCUAUCAGCACGCUUCGAACAGCCAUAAAUUGCGCAAAAGUUAACCAUCCUUAACAAUAAUAUUGCUUUGUUAUUUACAUGUCGCGUUUGCUUGUCCUCCAGAUGUAACGUCACCGGGAUUGUGACGUCUCAUGCAAUGGGUCUAUAUGCAAAAUUUGUUGAUGCAGUGGUAUAUUUGUAAGUUUGUUGUAAAAUGUAACAUGCCGUUGUUUGUUGGUCGAAGAAAAGUUCAACAUCAUGACAUUAAUAGUUUGGAGAAGUUUAUGGAAAGCUUUCCUCAACUUGAGAAAACAUCAAAAGGUUUUGCUCUGGAAGAACCCACAAAAUUUGAUGGAAAAAAGAUUUUGUACAUUGGGCAACGAGAGUAUGGAACAGUUGCUUUCAAUGAUGACUUGAUCGACGUCAUUGGUUCGGAUAGCGCUACAACUUGUCAGAUUGUUGUGAUCCGUCAUGAAGGUACAGGAGAUUGUAGUUUAACCCAUUUAGAUGGUGCGAGCACGAAACAGGCGUUAAAAGACAUGAUUGGGUCGCUCGAAGCCCUUGCUCAAAAUAGAGGUCAACGUAAAAGGUAUCAGCUACACAUCGUUGGUGGAUUUUUGGACAGUCGCAGAAUGUCAGAAAACUUCUUUAUGAUGAUAUUAAGUGUUGUAAUGAAUUUUUCAGUUGACGUCGAUUUAGUGUGUGCUCGUGUUUGUGGCGUUACAGUUAAAUCUCGAUGCAAGAUGAUGAGGACAAGUUAUAAUUUAUACGUGUACGUUACAUGAUAAAAUCUUGAACGAAAAGCUUAUGAAUACAAUCCAUGCAGUUAGAAUUCCAAAAUUGAUAAACAAUGAUAUGAAAAAAGUUUGAUUUA